CGGUGAAGACGACUUUCUUUGAUAGACAGCUCGCCUUCGCAGCUAGUCCCAGGUAGCUAGCUAUUGAUUCGCGACGGUUUGGCGACGACGUCAACGGUUUGCCCGCUUGUUUGUCGCAUUCACCAAUUGACAAACAGAAGCCUCUAGACGUCAGAUUUGCGACGCAUUCAUUGCUCAAACUCGCCCAAUACAAAAUGUCUGGCCGCUGUCUCCUACGGGCCAGGCCCCUCGAGAGGCUAGCCGCCGCCGCCGCUUCCCGAACCACCAUCACGCUCUCUUCCUUCACUACCGCCGCCCCUAUAUCAAGGAGAUGCGCCUCUACAGCGACAGUCACAUCCAAGAGGCUGGCACCGACCUCCAAAGCAAGCGGGACUCCAGCAUUGACGCGGCGGGAGCGCAGGCCUCACCCGCCCAAGAAGUCGAUAGCGACGCCGCGCCCGAGCGACAAGACCCGGGGUCCAUUUUUCGUUAACCGUACCGCUUCCAAUCAGCUCCCGGUCUACCAAGACAAGAAGUCCGCCCAGCCCUGGUUGACGCUGAUCCGCAAGAUCGACGGAGACGCACAUACUUUGCGGGACGAGCUCGUGGAGCUGCUCGGCACGCCCGAGAUAGAGGUCAGGGGCGUGACAAACCAUAUCUGGGUGAAGGGACAACACAAAACGGCCAUUGUCGACUAUCUGCAGUCUAAGGGUUUUUAAUGCACUUCAAACCACGGUAUUGAUAUGUAAGAUGCUUCGUAUGAGGGACAUUGCCCUACUUGCCCAUCAGACAGAAGGGUCUGCUUGACAAACAUUGCGAGCGGUGGGAAUAAGGCAUCGUGGCCGGUCCACAGUGUAGAGCUAGAGCAGUCAUCCUGUGGCACGGUUGUGUAAUAAUAGUACUAGUUCCAGUGUUGUAUUACUACAGCUUGCGGGAUAUGUAGGCAAGAUUUAGAACGAGCCCGUCUUAUUGACGUUGGCAUAUGCCUACAUGGGGUCACUGGCAAGAGUGGUGUGGUCGAGGGAAGUGAAACAUAGGUGGUUAAAUGUAACACAACAUAGAGAUGUACGCUAAAUUCUUAUACACAAAAUUCUUCCCUACAAUCAUUGUAGAAUUUUACAUUUAACGGGAAGAGACAAUUAACACCAACAACACCAGACCCCAAGACCCUAGGUAGCAACCAAUUCAUUUCUCAG